UUGGCUUAAAUUUAGAGUAGAAGAAGGGUAGGCGAGCAAAUAGGGAACAAAGUGGAGGUCAAUAUUUGAAAUUUGAAUUCAAGAAAGCACCAAAUAGAAAAAUCCCGAAUUUCAAAAUAUGCAUCUUGAUUCACAGCUUCAACACUCUGCACUUCUCCCACAUCUUCCUUCCUUUCUCCUCCACAAAUCUCAGAUUUCCUUUCCAUUUCACCAUGAGACCUUCUUCCUCUUCCUCUUCUUCUUCGCCUUCGUCUCAAAUCCAUGCCGAUAACAAGAAGCUCAAGCAUCAGCAGCAGCAGCAGCACCACCACCAGGGUCCUCGAAGCCCCUUCCGUGUUCUUAAUGGCAUUUCCUUUUCCCCCGCCUGCAACACCGCCAGCGUCGGCAGUGACGCUUCCUCCACCUCCACCGAUGCUCCCAGAGGCUGUCUCAGGUUCUUUCUCUCUCAUUCCUCUUCAUCUUCUAAGACACAGACCCCUGCUAAUAAGCUUAAAUCAUCUUCCAAAAACCCUAAAUCUACUUCUCAUGUUCGCCCCCUCAAGCCCCUUAGAUCUAAGCCGCUUAAGGAGAAUGCUCCCAAACGCGCUCUUACACACAAUUCUAGGGCGCCCGCAAAACCUUCCUCCACAAAGUUGGAGCCAUUGAAGAAAAACUCCCCCUCUCUGUAUAGAUGGCCGUCCGGGAAGAAGCCCUGUUCAUUAGGUACCCACAAACCUAAAAUCUUGGCAUCUGAUGGUAAGGAGUUGGAGAGGCGUGGGGCACAUAGUGUAGUGAGGAUGGUUGAUGAUGCCAACAAAUGUAAACCGUCCGAUUUCAACUUCACUCCCAUGCGUGAAAUCGAAAACGGCUCUGGUUUGGAUCCAACAGCUGACAAGGUUGUAGCCCUAGAGGCUUCAAACAAAGAUCAUACUAAAACGCCUCCUGUUCAAGCCUCUGUGUCACCUGAAUUACAAUGUGGUUCAGCACUUGUGCCUACACUUACUCCUGUCUGCUAUGGUGCUGGCUAUGUCGUUUCUGGGAUCUCCGACAAGAGAAAGUGUAGACCCAGAGGAGUUCUUAUUGUGGGAGACAAUACUCCAUCCAUUUCUAAUGUCAAGCCCAUUCAGAAUUUUGAGGAAGAAGAUGGAAGCAACAAAAGGGAGACUUCCAAUUCUGUUGUUUUAAAGGUCCCUUCACCCAUUGAAGCUUAUAUGAAUUGGCUUCUAUCCCCCUGCAACGAGGAGGAUGAGGAUCUUCAAGACAAGUCUGAAAAUGCUUCAUCUCACUUUGAAGGUUUCUUGGAGCCAUUAUCCUUUGAGGACAUCUCUCCCUCAUGCGCUCCUAAUUGCUUGGAUGUGAUAUUAACGGAGGGAAGAGGACAACCGAGGUAUGAAGUCAAUGGGGAGAAUUCUCCAUUCUCAAUUGACUCAUUAAGUAGUGACAAUGUCAUCCGAACACCACAAUCAGACUCAAAUUCAGCUCCAAAACAUUUCCCUCCAUGGUUAACUGCUGACAGUUGUCAUAAACAUGAUCAGAAUUCAGCGUCUGACAGCCAUAAAGCAAUGACAAGUAUAACGGAUUUAAGUUUCCAAUUUGAUUGUCUGGCCACAAUAUCCAAUUCCAUGGAUCUUAACCAAUUUCAAAAGCUUCUUGAAGAUCAGGCUUUUAGGAAUAGCAAUUCUUCGUGUGAGAAUUUGUCAAAAUCCCAAAUGAGAGUAUCAUGGAGGGAAGGGUUAAUGAGCCGGAUCUACGAGAUGGACGAGUUCGAUAGUUGUCGAUGCUUAUCAGACAACGAAGAAGAGAAUGCUGACACUUGCAGCAUUAGCUUGUCAGAUAUCCUUAAGAAGACACCUCUGAAACAUAAUGAUUGUGAGGCUGAUCCUAUAAUUUGCAACAGUUCUUGUUCUUCUCGAUUAUUAGUGAAUGAGGAAGCCGAAGAAUAUGAGAAAAGUAAUGAAGUAGCAUGUUGUUGUGCGGAAUCCAUUAGCACGGAUGGAGGUGGGUUGAUGGCAUCAGGGGACUCAGAUUGGCAUUUAUGCUACAAAAAUGGAUUGUUUGAUUGCUAACCUCUUAGCUUCACUCCUAUUCGUAGCCGAAUAAAUGUUACCAACAAAAAUUGAUUGUUUGAGGAAGAAUUCUCCCACUGAUCGUAUCCAUUAUGCUGCUCGUGUAGAAAGCAUUGUGGGGCAGGUAUAUACUGCAUCUCUACACACAUACACAUGCACAUUACAACUUUUAAUCGGAUUGUUACGGUGCUGCUGCUUUGUUUUAAAUUUCAAAUUGUGGUUUGAAACUUUUAAGCCGAUAAGAAAAGGAUCUUGAGAAAAGGAUUAGAUUGAAAGCAACAAGUUACUUGACUUCCAUGCGGAAGAUGUGUGAUAGGAGCCACAAUGCUGAGAAAGGAAGUAAGGAAUCGCAUCUAAAGGAAAUGUAUUGAAUAUUGUAUGAUUUUGUGGAGUAACAUUAUGUGCUACACUUUAUGAAUUUAUUAGGUUUAACUUAACUGCUUGCUCCAUUGCCCAUGACUUGUUUUGUCGUGUCGUUGUGUCGUCGUGUAUAAUAAAUUUCAUACAGAACUAUGAUAUCAGUUGAUAUUGAACAAAUGGAUCAAUCUUGAAUUUCUGUUCUCAGAAAAUAAUACUAAACACUGAUAUGUUAUCAAGCCACAUACAUAUAUAUUUAAGCUAUGUAAGCAAAAUUUAGUUUUAGUAACGUUUUUAUUUAAAAUAUUUAUGGUGUUAUUUAGUGUUUGAAAGAAGUGGCAGCCACCCACGUGUUGAUUCUAUUUUAUGGUAUAAAAAUUAAGAA